UUCGAUUGUUGCGUCUUGGAGUUUAAGAACAAUCAUAUAGCGCGCUGGCACCAUGGCUGACGCAGCGGCUAGGCAGCUGCAAUACGAGUACAAAGCGAACUCGAAUCUUGUCUUGCAAGCCGACGUUCGUUUGAUUGAAAGACGGAGCAGAGAUGAGGCGACAGGUGAAGUCAUGUCCCUGGUGGGAAAACUCGACGGAACCAGGAUGGGCGACAGAGCACAGAGGAGUAAACCCAGCAAUGCCGAAGAGCGAAAAGUCAAGCGUCAAAAGCGUGAUGAAGCUCAGUACGAUUUUAUGCACAGCAAGGGAGGUUCCGUACUUUCUGAAGGAAUUGACGAAUCAGUGGGUAUUGUGUACAAACCCAAAACUCAAGAGACCCGACAAACAUAUGAGGUGUUGUUAAGUUUUAUUCAAGAGGCUAUUGGUGAUCAGCCACGCGAUAUCUUAUGUGGUGCAGCAGAUGAAGUUUUAGCUGUACUGAAGAAUGAUAGGCUCAAGGAAAAGGAGAAGAAGAGAGAAACUGAAAUGCUGUUGGGUGCUUUGGCUGAAGAAAGAUUUGCUCUUUUGGUUAAUUUGGGAAAAAAAAUCACAGAUUUUGGAUGUGAUGAAAAAAAUGCUACCAAUGAAGAUAACAUCGAUGAAACAUAUGGGAUCAAUGUUCAAUUUGGAGAAAGCAGUGGAGAGGAUGAUGAUGAAGAUCCAUAUGGGGAAGUUAAAGAGAAUGAUGAGUAUGGUGACAAGGAUGAAGAGGCAAAUGAUGAUAGGGCUAUUCAUGCAGAGAAUUUAAGUAGAGCACAGGAAAUGAAGCAAAAAGAAAGAAUAUUACAUCCUCGAGAUGUCGAUGCAUAUUGGCUUCAGAGACAAUUGAAAGCUAUUUAUGAUGAUGCAAUAGUAUCACAAAAUAAGGCAUCUGAUGUUUUAGAUGCGCUGAAAAAUGCAUCUGAUGACAGGGACUGUGAAAAUCAACUUGUAACUCUGUUGGGCUAUGGUUGCUUUGACUUCUUAAAACAGCUUAAAAAAUACAGAUACACGAUUGUCUAUUGCACAUUGUUAGCUUCUUCGCAGUCUGAGUCGGAACGUCAAAAAAUCAGGAAAAAAAUGAGCGAAGAUCCAAAUCUCGCGAAAAUUCUUCAUCAGCUGGAGACUGGUGAAGGUGAAAAUGCUGAAGAACGAGAAGCCAGAGAUAAGCGAACAAGAAAAGAAAAUGAAGAAUCUGGAGGACCAGGUGGGCAAAUUCAAGGCACAAGAAACAUGAUUGAUUUGGAAGAUAUUGCAUUUGCCCAAGGCAGUCACUUUAUGCCUAAUAAAAGAUGUAUUUUACCUAAGGGUAGCUUUAGACAACAAAGAAAAGGAUAUGAAGAGGUCCACGUCCCUGCAUUGGAGCCAAAAGCAUUUGCGGCUAACGAGCGUCUUAUGCCAAUCAGUGACCUGCCUAAAUUUGCUCAGCCAGCAUUCGAGGGGUUUAAAACGCUCAACAGAAUACAGAGCAAGUUAUAUAAAUCAGCCUUAGACAAAGACGAUAACCUGUUGUUGUGUGCUCCUACUGGAGCAGGUAAAACGAAUGUUGCAUUGCUGUGCAUGAUGCGCGAAAUUGGCAAACACAUUAACUCUGAUGGUACCAUUAACGCUGGGGACUUUAAGAUUAUUUACGUCGCGCCAAUGCGAUCUCUUGUACAGGAGAUGGUGGGCAAUUUUGGUAAAAGGCUUGCUACCUAUAACCUUACAGUCUCGGAGUUGACUGGAGAUCAUCAACUCACAAGAGAACAGAUUGCCGAUACACAGGUUAUAGUUUGUACUCCUGAAAAAUGGGACAUCAUUACACGUAAAGGAGGAGAAAAAACAUUUACCUCUCUAGUGAGAUUGAUCAUCAUUGAUGAAAUUCAUUUACUUCACGAUGAAAGAGGCCCUGUGCUCGAGUCAAUUGUUGCAAGAACGCUCAGAAACAUAGAGACGACACAGGAAGAUGUCAGGCUUGUGGGUCUUUCGGCCACUCUCCCGAAUUACCAAGACGUCGCGACAUUUUUGCGAGUCAAUACAGAGAGCCUAUAUUAUUUCGACAACAGCUUCAGACCUGUAGCACUUGAACAGCAAUACAUAGGCGUAACAGAAAAAAAAGCUCUCAAGCGCUUCCAAGUUAUGAACGAAGUCGUGUACGAGAAGACAAUGGAACAUGCGGGUAAAAAUCAAGUUCUGAUAUUCGUGCACUCGAGAAAAGAGACUGGUAAAACGGCACGUGCGAUUCGUGACAUGUGUCUCGAGAAGGAUACACUUGGUCAGUUUCUUCGAGAAGGCUCGGCAUCGAUGGAAGUAUUAAGGAGCGAAGCUGAACAAGUCAAAAAUAUGGAGCUCAAAGAUUUACUGCCUUAUGGUUUUGCUAUCCAUCAUGCUGGAAUGACAAGAGUCGAUCGUACACUUGUAGAGGACUUAUUCGCCGACAGACACAUACAAGUGUUAGUUUCUACGGCUACGCUUGCUUGGGGUGUUAACUUACCCGCGCACACAGUUAUCAUCAAGGGAACUCAGAUUUACAAUCCUGAAAAAGGCAGAUGGGUUGAACUGGGAGCUCUUGACGUAUUACAAAUGUUGGGUCGUGCUGGACGUCCUCAGUAUGAUACAAAGGGAGAAGGUAUACUUUUAACGAACCACAGCGAAUUACAAUACUACCUGUCACUUCUGAACCAUCAACUUCCAAUCGAAUCACAGUUGGUAAGCAAAUUACCCGACAUGCUGAACGCCGAGAUAAUCCUCGGCACCAUACAAAAUGUCCGCGACGCUGUCACCUGGCUUGGUUAUACCUAUCUCUACGUCCGAAUGUUACGCUGCCCCACUCUUUACGGAAUCGGGCACGACGUACUCCGCGAAGAUCCGCUUCUAGAGCUGCAUCGCGCUGAUCUCGUACACUCAGCAGCUUUAGCUCUGGAUCGUGCUGGCUUGAUAAAAUACGACCGCAAAUCUGGUAAUUUCCAAUCCACAGAGCUGGGUAGAAUUGCCUCGCACUACUACUGUACGCACGAGACAAUGGCUGUUUAUAAUCAGCUUCUGAAGAGAACUCUCAGCGAGAUAGAGCUGUUCCGUGUGUUUUCGCUCUCAAGCGAGUUUAAGAAUAUCAAUGUCAGAGAUGAGGAAAAACUUGAGCUAAACAAACUCAUGGAACGUGUGCCUAUACCUAUCAAAGAAAGCAUGGAAGAGGCGAGUGCGAAAGUCAACGUUUUACUGCAGGCUUACAUAUCUCAGCUUAAACUUGAAGGUUUUGCCCUAAUGUCGGAUAUGGUUUAUGUCACCCAAUCGGCUUCUCGAUUGAUGCGUGCAAUCUAUGAGGUUGUACUUUUCCGCGGCUGGGCUCAACUUGCCGACAAAUGCCUGGCGCUUUGCAAAAUGAUAGACCGACGAAUGUGGCAAUCGAUGUCACCACUGCGGCAAUUCCGCAAAAUGCCCGAGGAAAUCGUCAAAAAGAUUGAGAAAAAAAACUUCCCGUGGGAGCGGCUUUACGAUCUUCAGCCCAAUGAAAUUGGUGAACUUAUACGCGUACCUAAGCUGGGAAAAACCAUUCACAAAUACAUUCAUCAAUUCCCCAAGCUCGAUCUAUCGACCCACAUUCAGCCUAUCACGCGUUCCACUCUUAGAGUUGAACUCACGAUUACUCCAGACUUUAUAUGGGAUGAAAAAGUGCAUGGUGCUUCUGAGGCUUUUUGGAUUCUCGUCGAAGACGUCGAUUCUGAAGUUAUUUUACAUCACGAGUUCUUUUUAUUGAAGGCCAAGUAUGCAUCUGACGAGCACCUCAUCAAGUUUUAUGUACCAGUAUUUGAACCUCUGCCGCCUCAGUACUUUUUACGUGUAGUAUCGGAUAGAUGGAUCGGAGCAGAGACUCAAAUGCCUGUCAGCUUUAGGCAUUUGAUUUUACCAGAAAAGAAUCUACCUCCAACAGAAUUACUCGAUCUGCAACCACUACCGAUCAGUGCUCUUCGUAAUUCAGUAUUUGAGAAUUUAUACAUUGACAAGUUCCCACAAUUUAAUCCUAUUCAAACACAGGUGUUUAAUGCCGUGUACAAUUCAGAUGACAACGUUUUCAUCGGAGCACCUAGUGGCUCAGGCAAAACAACUAUUGCCGAGUUUGCAAUACUGCGUUUAAUAUCCCAAAAUAUGGAGGGCCGCUGUGUUUACGUGGUGGGAAAAGAGCCUCUUGCUGAGGUAAUCUACAAUGACUGGGCUCUCAAAUUUGGCAAAAUUCUUGGCAGGAAAGUUGUUUUGCUAACUGGUGAGACCGGUACAGAUCUCAAACUCCUUGCCAAGGGCGAAAUUAUCGUUGCUACUGCGGACAAGUGGGAUGUAUUAUCGCGUCGUUGGAAACAGCGGAAGAAUGUGCAAAACAUUCAGCUUUUCAUAGUAGAUGAGCUUCAACUAAUUGGAGGCGAUGAGGGCCCAGUACUGGAAGUCGCCUGCUCCAGAACAAGAUACAUUUCCUCCCAGUUGGAUAGUCCAACGAGAAUUGUAGCGUUAUCAUCAUCUUUGGCUGAUGCCAGAGACGUAGCUGGAUGGUUGGGUGCGUCAGCAGCGUGCACAUUUAACUUCCAUCCAUCUGUGCGCCCAGUACCGCUUGAACUCCACGUUCAGGGUAUCAAUAUAACCCACAACGCAUCGCGACUUGCUGCCAUGGCCAAGCCCGCAUACAACGCCAUUAUUCGUCACUCGCUUCGCAAACCCGUUAUUGUCUUUGUCCCUACACGCAAACAAGCCCGAUUAACAGCUUUCGAUAUAUUGACUUUCACUGCAGCUGAAGGCAAGCCCACCCAGUUCUUCCACGCUGCAGAUGAAGCCGAUAUAAAAGUUUUCUUGGAUAAGAUGCAAGAUAAUACGCUGCGAGAUACACUGACACAAGGCGUUGCUUACUUGCACGAGGGCUUGUCGACCAGCGAUCGCAGAAUCGUCGAGCAGCUCUUUGACAGUGGUGCGAUUCAAGUUGUCGUUUGUACUCGAGAUCUGUGCUGGAGCUUGUCAAUCGCUUCGUACCUCGUUGUCAUAAUGGACACCCAGUCCUUCAAUGGAAAGACUCACGCCUACGAGGAUUAUCCUAUCACUGAUGUUUUACAGAUGGUGUCGCGUGCAAAUCGUCCAACAGAGGAUGAUGAUGCCAAAUGUGUUAUGUUAUGCCAGAGCUCCAAAAAGGAUUUUUUCAAAAAGUUCCUGAACGAGCCGUUGCCGGCUGAAAGUCAUCUGGACCACAGACUACACGACCACUUCAAUGCUGAGAUCGUUACCAAAACCAUUGAGAACAAACAAGAUGCGGUUGACUAUCUUACAUGGACAUUCCUGUAUAAGAGAUUGACUCAGAACCCAAAUUAUUACGGUUUACAAGGAGUGACGCACAGACAUCUUUCGGAUCAUUUGUCCGAGCUCGUUGAGAACACACUGAGCGAUCUCGAGCAAGCCAAGUGCGUCACUGUCGAGGAUGAGAUGGACGUGGGGGCACUCAAUUUGGGCAUGAUCGCGGCUUACUACUACAUCAACUACGCAACUGUGGAGGUAUUCAGCGGUUCGCUCAAAGCAUCUACAAAGAUUCGCGGUCUGCUGGAAAUCAUUUCACACGCGGCCGAGUACUCGUGUAUUCCUGUGCGACAACGCGAGGAAGAUUUACUGAGAAGCUUGGCAGCUAGGUUACCACAUGCCCCGCAAGGCAAAAGGAUGGCCGAUCCGUGUGUUAAGGCGCAAUUGUUGCUGCAGGCUCAUUUGUCGAGGAUACAACUAGGACCCGAAUUGCAAAAGGAUACGGAACUUGUGCUCAGUAAAUCCAUCAGAUUGAUUCAAGCUUGCGUUGAUGUACUCAGCUCAUCAGGUUGGUUAACACCGGCAGUGGCAGCUAUGGAGUUGGCUCAAAUGGUCACCCAAGCCAUGUGGUCUAAAGAAUCUUAUUUGAAACAGCUACCACAUUUCACGUCGGAAAUUAUUAAACGCUGCACUGACAAGCGUGUAGAGACAGUCUUUGACAUUAUGGAGCUCGAAGAUGAUGUGCGUAAUAGACUGUUGCAGCUAAGUGAACAGCAAAUGGCUGACGUGGCUAAAUUUUGCAAUCGCUACCCCAACAUCGAGAUGUCCUUUGAAGUUGAUAACAAGGACAACAUUAGACACGGUGAAACCGUCAUAGUCGUGGUUCAGCUUGAACGAGAGGACGAGGUAGCAGGUCCCGUUGUCGCACCUCUGUUUCCUCAAAAAAGGGAGGAGGGUUGGUGGGUCGUUAUUGGUGAUGCCAAGGCUAAUCAGCUGCUAUCGAUCAAGAGGCUAACACUGCAGCAAAAGGCCACCGUUAAAUUAGACUUUUUGGCACCACCUCCCGGACGAUACAUGUACAAGUUGUACUUUAUGAGCGAUGCUUACUUGGGAUGUGACCAGGAAUACGAAUUAGUUAUUAAUGUCGGAGAGUACGACUCAGGUGAUAGCUCUGGUUCUGAGUCGGAUUAAGGAACUAAAAUAAUGUAUAAUAGAUUGUAUAUAUAACUUUUGGCAUCUUACAUGAAAUGAUUUUUUAAGAAUGUCUGAUUAAGUAAAAAUUUAAUAAAUUAAAUAUAGGAAUAAUGUUUUUUUUUUUUAAUUAAUAAAACUGGAAGUAACAUUCACUACCCUUGAUAAAA